CCAGAAAGGCUCACCGAGCCAACUUCUCUCUUUCGUUUGCGCUUACAGUGCUUAAGUCAGAGAUGAUCGGUUAUAUUGGCCAGAGACUAGAGCGUCCGUUUAGAGAGGCCGAUAAGGGCACGCUUAGUUAGCGAAGUUCCUGUGCCGUAUGUAUGCGGUGUGGUAGGCGGUAGCCACAAUCUUUUAUUGAGAUACAUUGGUCAGAUAAGGCCCAGUCAGAGAUGGUCUGUUUUGCCGUUGACCGGUAUGGUUAGCUACAAUCGGUGAGGACUGAGACCUUGCUGGCCCGGUCCUCACGGUCGUGGGCAGAAUCAGACCAUGACCUGUUCGCUUACGGGCCGGGCCCGCGGUCUGAAACGGUCCGGCCCAAUAGUGUCUGAAUCCAUGCCUUCCAUACAGCGGGUAAUCACUCGGUUCCGUUACAGAGACACCGUCAGGUAUGGGCCAGUUUGCAGUUGUUUUUUUUUUUUCGUGGAGCUCACAUAGGGGAAGGUUAGCCCCGCCCGGUGUCCUGCCGAGCAGAGUCCGGUCUAGCACGGGUCCGGUCACCGCUGAGCUCACUGUCCUAGUUUUAUUUUAUAUCCGUCUAACAGCCCAGGACCCAGGUGGUGACCGUCUAACCAUGCGUGAACUGCUCUUCAUGUGUGCUGAACUCUGAACUAGAGAACAUAAUCGUUGUGCCGCUAUGUUCCGCUUACCUAAUCCUGAAUCCAUCUUCUCCAGUUCUCCUCGUGAACGGAGUCACUACAAUCGUCAAUCUCCGGUAGGUAUAUGCAUUAUGCAGCAUCGCUGCAGGAUGUGAACGGUUAGGUACGCUAUGCCUAAAUACCGUUGAGUAGGCGCACACCACUCGUAACACCCAGGUCUAUAGAACGGUCUGCGAACAUCACCGUUAGCGUGGUGCCGAGUUUAGCGGACUGCUACUCCGGCGAGCCGAGCUGUCAGCACUCCUUGAGAGUCGAGCCGACUGCAGUGCCCGCUGGCUGUGUCGGGUGUAGCUCAGAGGAGUUCAGCGAUUCGGUAACCGAUUUUUGACGGCGGUGGAUCGAGGCUGUAGCGUGGUCUUUCAGUCCACAGUACGAGCAACAUGUGGACAGUGCGGCCAGUGUGGACAGUGUGGACAUUGUGGACAAUGUGUACAGUGAGUGGUUCUGCAGCAAUGGGUAGUUCAGGUGGAUCGGUGACAAGUCUGGAGAUGCAGCUCGAAAUGGAACUGUCCCGGCACAUUGCAGUCUGGGAGGAGCAGGGUCUGAUCCCUGACCGGUCCCUUACAUCCCCUGGAGAGCUGCAGGAGCCUCGGCAGGUCGGAGCACCUGUGACCAACUCCACCACAGCGACAGAGAGGCUCGGGCUGCGCUCGAGGACCCGGCGCCGCGUGCCCGUCCUCUACAUGAAGAAAAACAACAAGAAACGACCGUGUGUGAACACAGGCGGAAUUCUGUCCGGAUUCAACAGCUUCAACUAUCUCAGCUUCGUCGUGGGCAUAAUGACGCUGGUGUUGAAUAUCAAUAACAACAUCAAUAAUAACAAUAAUAACAACAACAAUAAUAAUAACAACAAUCUGGACAAUAAUAAUGUGAACGCCAACUUGAACAGCAACAACGCAAAUCAGGUAAGGAUGUCCUUCGAAUAAUAAAGUAACAAAGUACCAUGGGCGUCGAAACCGGGGGGGACGGGGGGGACGCGUCCCCCCCAGUCGAGGAAUCCGGGGGGGACGUCCCCCGCAAAAAUAUCCUCAUGAAUGAUUAAAAAAGUGAUCAACGAAAUUGGUGUAUUGUCGUUUUGGGAUGAAAUUGCGGAUACCUACUCGUAUACAAAUUGAAUCAUGCGAAUUGCUGACACUGCACUUGCUUGCAGGGCUGCGGAGUAGAUUGAUUUUGGUAGCUCUGACUCCGGCUUUUAAAAAAUCGCUCGGAGUCCCCACCCCAUCUCCGAUCACGGCAUCCCUCGGCCCGCAUCGGAGUGAAAAACAUGUGAUGUGAUGCUUUUGUCUCUUUGAACAUUUCUUGGCACGUUAAAAGAUAACAUUACCUACGAGGUGCAGCUCUGGACUGUCCGUCCCAGGUCCUCGAUAGGGAGCCAAAGCUCCAGUUGUAGGGGCGACCAUAUUCAACAAGGGCUGAAGAUCUGUCCCAAAGUCUCAAGCUUGCAAAGACCACACAUUUUAUGUAGGAUAUUCGUAAUAGUCAAGACCUUCAGCUCACUCUCAAACGGCCCUCUUCCCGUUCAAGGCCAUCCGACAGCAGAAGGUCUCACCAUGUCCUUUGAACGCUUGAUGCUUGAGGGUGAGAGGACCUCGUCCUGGUCUGAGAGAGCCCAAGAGGAUGUAAUACUCAGUAUGGUCCUACAUUGGUCUUACCAUGACCCGGCCUUCAAUCACCACAGCCAACAGAAUCUCCAGCUUUUAUCCGACCCAUCCUCGGGGAUGACGUUGACUCUGACUUCAGAGUUGAAGUCUGGUACGACUUUGGUGACUCCAACUCCGUAUCCGACCAAAACCGUCGACUACGACCGAAGUCGACUCCGACCCCGCGGUCCUGCAGCUACACUGCACAGAGUUUCAAACUUCUUGGAAAUAAGCUGUACCUAUGGUUGACAGAGGACCACACGAUUUUUUAGAGGCAGGGCUGCUGGACUUGGUGACCAGAUCCUAACUGUCCUGGUAUCAAACUUAUUACUCGGGAUGCAAAAUUUAUGCCUUUUGGGACUGUUUUGCAAAGAGUUUUUGCCAAUUUUCGCGGCGCUUCGCGCCGCCAAUUCAUGCACAGAUAGAAAAGAGUGUGACUAAUAACGCCUCCACGCGAGAACAUGAGAACAUGUGUAUUGUGUAUGCGUUAUAAGUAGUGCAUAGGCCUGAAAUUGUACGGUAACUAGCUUUUGGGUUUUUAGUCAGCCAAUCCGUCCCCCCCAGUCAAAAAUCCGUGGCGACGCCCCUGCAAAGUACCUACAUCAAAUAUAUUUUGGAAAUAUAUUUUAUAUGAUAUAUUAGAGGCAAUUUCAUUCGAAUUUUUGGAUAAGCACCUUACAUGCUUAAUAAUUAUGAAGUUUUGUGAAAAACCAUCAAUUUGGCGUGUAAUUAUUUAUGGAUUCUACCGUUUAACGUUUGAUAAUCAAUCGUUUAUUAUUGUAUAACCGUUUAUUAUUGUUUAUUGAUGUACGAUAAGAAAGAAAUGUCCAACCGUUUAAUCUGCACAUUAUAGGUCUUCCAGCAGGCACUCUGCUUCACUUGUAUUUAAAGCAGCAAGUUGAACAUGUUGCAUGCACCGUUUUUUUUUUCUCUCUCUCUCUCUCUACCCACAGGUGAACAUCAUGCCGCCGGGCCGUCGAAGGAGACGGAGACGGAGACGGAGACGGCGCAGGUCGUUCCGGGCUCACAUGAAGGAGAGGCAGCGGGAGCUGGAGGACAUGGUCCGCAGCUGGUCGCUCGCUGUUCACGGCAGUCCUCCUGUCUCUCCGUCCUCCGAGAAUGGCUGUCCUCAGAGGAGAGGACGCCGCCGCCGAGGACUCUCGGCAGAGCGAGAGGAGGCCGAGUGUGGUUUAAGAGUGGCCUGCACUCUGCUGGGGCCGCUCGGACACCACCUGCACGCGCACUUACGAGAUAUAUAAUGAUAAAAUCUACAAACAGUUUUAUUCGCACUCCGGACUUCAACGGUAGGAAAUGAGUGAAAUUGGAGGACGUCUGACCCCGUUUAUCGGAGAAUUAGGAUAUCGAAGCUGCGAGAAAAUGCAAUUUAUUUUAUGUGCGUUAUCAUUAGCCGGGUUCAAAUUUGCAACUAUAACCAUGUGCAUUGUGCACUGCAUAACACAUGUGUACAAUUUGCAAUGCGUUCUUUGGACAGAUGAUGAUUGAUGAAUAAUGUAAUUUGGGUGGUAGCAAUUUAGCCAGCUAUUACCGUCGCAUUGCUCUCAUAUGUUUUAAUAAAAUAACGCUUUUGCUGCUCAUUUUUUAUCAUGAAUGUGGGUCGCGUCUACUUAGAAGCUAGAGAAGAGAUCGUUUAGCGCUCGCCUACAAUUUAUGUUCCACGGACGGCUGCCAGCUGCGUGAUUGUUUUACACGCGCCAGGCCGUUUGUUGGCCGCCGCGGGGAGUUUCUUCGAGUUUCAAUCACUCACUGUGACGGAGUGCGUGUUAGUGAGUGACGAGCGCCGUCUAACGACUCGUGACAAUCCGCUCCGAGCGGCCACAGUCUCUGAGACAGAUGGCCUCCUUCGGGCGCGCCUCUUCGGACUCUAAUGAUGGAGCGGUGUAGCGCUAUCUUCGAUGCACCGUGCGACCAGCGCACGCACGAGGUUUGUGAGUUGAUCCAGGUCACCCAGGAUCCACCCUUUUCAUGCUCACGCAUGCCUCCGACAUGCCAUUCAGAACGUAACAGUCGUUUCAUUAUUUCACUUUUUGUCUUAUGUUCGCGUGAUGUUGACGAUACACCAGGCUGUCUUGUGACUCUGUCCAGCUUGUGUAAAUAUACAACUGUAUACUUGCCGUUGCUUUCGUGACGACUCCUCGCCGUUUCCGUCUCGGCUCCAUGACGGCUCGGUGACCAUUCGUGACCGUUUCCGUAACCGUUCCGUGACCGAUUCCGUGACCGAUUCCGUGCCGCUGCGCUCCGGCUCGGACCGUUUCGUGACGGUUCCGUCGCCGCCCGUGGCCGGCCGUGUCCCACUGGUCCGGUGCCGUGGCCCCGUGCCACCGGCGCACCAGUUGCACGCCCCAGCUGCGUUUGGGUGAACUAAUGGCUGCUCGGGCCGCUGGUGGUGGUAGCGGUAGCGAGUGUGGGCGCCGGGGCGGGGCGGAGGCCGGACCUUCCGGGGUCCUGACCCGGCCCGUGACCAGUCGCGUCGAGGCAGCACUGCCGCCGGCAGCGACGGUGCUGACUCCUGAGUUGGACGCCGAGAGUGAGGUUGAACUGAACGGUGUUAUCUGGAAGGUGUAGAAUGACGGGCACUGACGUGGUGUGAGUCAAUCAAGAACGGAUCGAAAACUGGACCCAUGGUUGAGCCUUGUGUGUCACCUUGAACAUCGUGACGCAACCAAAAUCGGUAUGUAAUUCCAGUGAAAAGUGAAGCUCCGUGGUUUAAGGGCGAAACCCUCCACCUGUCUCGCCUUUUAGCUCGACGAUGGUGCGCCUUCUGCAGCCAUCGCCGCUGGCCGUUCUUCCACUGUUGCUGUCGCUGCUGACGUUAAGCCCAGGUUACGAGGUGACGGUGUUCGGUCCAGCCACCCUGUCUGAUCUGCUGCUACACCACGGCUCCGGCUCAGCCGCCGCGCUGACGGUGGCCUCGGCCCUGUCCCCAUCGCGGUACAUGUCCGUGGACAGGUCAGCCGGUCCAGACUGGGUCAUACAGUGGCAGGAUGACGAGGAGAUCUCAGAGGAUGGCGGAGCUGGAGAGAGUACAGCGCGGGGACAGGACGACCUGGUCAGCGGCUACCGUCUCCCGGAGCGUGGGUGGCCCUGGCCGGCAGGGGAUGACCUAAGGCAGGUCAACAGUUUAGGAUACCCAAACACACCACCGAAAGACGGCUUGUCGGCUCACCGUGUGGAUAACCUCACAUCAUACAUCACCUCGUUGACUGCACGUGACGCAGCCAUCGUUGAUACCGGCACGAAACAUGACACGAACGGGACCGGCUUUAAGGAGGCUGUUCGAGACACGCUCGCCACGAUUUUCGAGGAGAUGCUGCGCCGUCCGAACGUCACAGAGGUCAGCACCGAGGCCACAGAGGUCACCGAAGUCACCAGUGUGGCGGAGACGGGGCUGGAGGCCCCUUACGAGGCCGGCUCGGAACCAUUCCUGGAGGAUCAGCUGGCCACCGCCUCCACCAUUUUAGGGCCGUCAGACGACGGAUCCCCACUGGGUCCGUGCAGUACCUGUGCCGACAGCCUCCAGUGGACCCCAAUGCUCGGCUCCAGUCCUGGUCCGGGUGGUUCGGCGAAAGGUGACUUGGGCACCAGCGACUCUCAGUGGCUGGUCAUCACAAAGACGGCCGACACGCACCCCAUCUACGGCGACCCUGAUCUGACGGCCGAAUCCAGUCAGGACGCGCUGGAAUCAGUGAAUGGACUCGAGCUCGGCGACUACGACUCGGCGUUUAGCUCCGACUCCGGGUGGUCGGCCGGAGACAACGAGUACAGGUACGAAGACCAGACCGCAGCCAGCUCCAUACCGAGGGCCGGCAUAGUAUCCCGGAUGUCCCGCAUCUGGAACGGCAUGAGGAGGAGGAUCCGCAGACUGUUCCCCUCCUGGGAGUACCUCACGACAUGGAGGACGCCCUGGUGGUACGAGCGACACGUCAGGCGAAACAGGAACAGACCCCAUCGACGUCGCAAGAGACCAAGACCGUCAUAUGGAGCACCCAGGCCAAGGCCUUCGUACGGAGCUCCGAAACCCAAGCGAAAGCCUCAACCUUCAUAUGGACCACCAAAGUCUAAGCGAAGGCCCAGACCUUCGUAUGGGCCUCCCAAGCCCAAACGAAAGCCAAGGCCAUCAUACGGGCCACCAAAGGCAAAACCAAAACCAUCGUAUGGACCACCAAAAGCAAAACCGAAACCAUCGCAUGGGUCACCGAAGUCGAAGCCAAACUCUUCGUAUGGACCUCCAAAGUCUAAGCCAAAUGCAUCGUAUGGGCCACCCAAGUCUAAACCAAACGCAUCGUAUGGGCCACCUAAAUCCAAACCAAAUGCUUCGUACGGACCACCGAAGUCAAAACCCAAGACAUCUUAUGGACCACCAAAGAGUAAACCCAAAGCAUCAUACGGACCACCGAAGUCUACGUCGAGCGCGUCUAACGGUGCUCCGAAUUCCAAGCCAAGCUCUUCAUACAACACUCCAAGCAGACCCAGUCAAACAUAUGGAGCUCCCAGGAAACGACCAAGCCAGAUGUACGGUCCUCCCUACAACUCUCAGUUGCCGACUCUACGCGGGUCGCCGAACCGUCGCGAUGGGACACGGCCCUCCGAGCCCAUAGACGUCCAGCCGUUUCCGACUACCUACACACCGCAGGUCUCCGGCUUCGGCGCCGUGAGCGAGGCAGCUCUAGACGCACACACCCUCGACCCGGUCACAGAAGUGGACUACGGCACGGCACCGGCCGAAACUGAUACGCUGGACGAGUUUGACCAUCCUCGCCGACCCAAUAGACCUCACAGACCUCACAGACCUCACGGACCUCACGGGCCUCACAGGCCACACAGGCCGGCCGAGCACCGGUUCCCGUCGUUCGACUGGCUCAGCGCUCCGUUCCGCGCCGCGUACGACUGGCAGAUGGGUCUGCUAGGAGGCUUCCUCCGGCGCAUGUCGACAUUCCCGUCACUCAACUGGGGAGUUCCCUCCAUUCGAUUCCCACUUCUGCCAAGUGUUCUGAGGCGCGAUGAGCGCUGGGAUAGGACCAGAGCUGAUGAGAGAGGUCAGGUGCUGCAAUACACGGACUGGGGUGAGCCGGACUCGACGAUCCUCCAGGACCGAGCCGGUCUGCCCGCCGGUACCGGCAGGUCGUCGGUGGUGGACGGCCUUCUCUCGGCGCUCGUUGUUCUUCCGUUCGCGCUGUUCGCGGCGGAGCGUGCCGUGGCCCUUGGAGAGGUGCUUGGUAACACCACCGCAAACCUCUGGGUGGUGGACGCGCUGACCCAGGAGGGAGGAGGUCAGGUGGCGGGCGCAGGAUCCAGACUGCUCCGCGAGCUAGAGAUCCUGACGGAACGCUGUACAGACGGCCUGACUGAUGACGCUGAAGGAGCCAGCAGACAGCAGCAAGAACAUGCCACCAACAUCACCACCAAAUAUCUUGACCAAAGCGAAGCAAACGCUUCUGAAGACGCUGACCACCUUGCUGAAGGAAGUGGUGAAGAGGUUGCUGACGAGAUUAGCCACCAGACCUGUCCCUCCGGCUCCAGCACCGUGGGUCACCUGUUGGGCACCUACCGCUCGCUGUCCGGCUCCGUCGCCGCCCUGCCCGAUGACCUGACCUGCCGCCCGCUGGCGCUGUGUCACGAGCUGAGGGCCAGGGUCGACAGCCCAGCCGAUAUCGCCGCCGCCAUCGCCGUACUGGCGGUUCAGUCAGCCAUGAGCGAUGCACCCGUCUGGAACCUCCUGAGUCUGGGAGCUUCGCUAUGGGACGCAACGGACGACAGCAGCGACCUCUCGUGCUGGUCUCGUGCCGCAGAAAGCUGCUCAGCUGACCCGACCUGAGGUCAGGUCAAGGUCAGGUGGCAGAGAUCAUCUAGUCGCGCGGGCCUGCACAAACUGGUCGUCAGCUGAUUCAGUGUAAACGACACCAUAUAAUCUAUGUUUAGUGGCAUUACAAAUCCAACUGCGGGCCCGGGUCACGGGCUGGCUGUGGGCCGUCGACAGUCGCUGCAAAAACAGGGUCAUUUAAAUCGUCUGAGUUUCUCGUCUGGAGUUAUUGUUGCACUCUGAGGCCAGACCGAGCUAUUUACCGUGACUGUCUGUUUGCAAGGCAUUUGUUCCGACUACUGUUUGCAGAUUAGAUUCAUGGUCGUUGCACGUCUUGCUCUGCAGAUGGAGAGACAAAUGGAGACGAGACGGACUAGGUCAACAGGCUAGCUUCAUAUUUUUCGUGGAGUACAUUCGGGUAGUGGCUCCAAAUCCAUGUAACGAGACGGCUCUGUGACAGUAGAGUUGGGAUGGCGGGACAUAGAUUCACUACGCUCCUUUUUAUGUUGUUAAAUGUUUUUGCAAUUAUCAGAUCGCUUAAUUCCUAGGGUCUUUAUAAUUCGUUCAAGUAUUUAUGUUAUCUGAGCGUGAAUUUAACGCCACGAUAAAAAUAGCGCAGAGGGUAGUGCCGUGUCUCUUUAAUAGUGUAUUGAACAGUGUUUAACUUGUUGAAUGUUUUACGCAUUGGGACAUAUGAUUCAAUUAAGUGUAUGUUAAUUUAUUAUGUUUCUCUUUCUUUCAAUGGUUCGAUCAUGCGCUUAUAUGAAAGAACAGGCCUAGCAUGUUCAUAUAAUAAACGUCGUUUAUUA